AUGUUGCAUCUUGCUGUUAGAUACAAUCACGAUGAAGUUGUGAUUCGGUUAAUGGAAGCUGAUCCUCAAUUGUGUUGUUUCACUAAUAACGCGAAUGAGUCGCCCUUGUCCCUAGCUGUUAGAAAAGGCACUCCAAGCAUUGUUCAUUGUAUUCUGAAGGCGUACGAGUCUGGCAUUUCUCCUUCUUUUCAGGGGACAAACAGAUUGACAGCUUUGCAUGCUGCAGUGACUCAAGAACAACUCAAAGACAAAGGCGUUGUCGAGAUUCUGGUGUCCAAAAACAGUGACCUAAUCAAAGAAGUUGAUGCUAUUGGAUGGACUCCCUUGCACUACGCAGCAUUCACAGGGAACAUUGAAGCUACUCAACUACUGAUGGAAUCUGAUAGUUCUGCUUCUUAUAUCCUGGACUUAUCAAAAAUGUCAGCUCUCCAUGUUGCAGCUUAUGCAGGCCACACCGAAGUGAUGAAAGAGUUAAUUCGAUAUCAACCUGAUACUUGCGAUUUGCUUAAUUCAAAAGGCCAAACGGCUCUUCAUUCUGCAGUUUUAGGUGGACAAAGAGAUGUGGUUGAGUACAUAUGA